UUCGUGAACCGCUGAGCCACGAUGGGAACUCCUCCCCCAGCCCUUUUAGACCUCGUCUCAGGUGCUGGCCAUGCCCGAGGAAAACACGUGUGCUUUUGAAAGUCUGAGUGUGCCCUCGGCAGUGACUGUGCUCUGUUACACACGCAUCUCUUCCCGACAUCAUUGCGCGUGGCCAAACCGGUGUUUCGUUUCUAGUCUGGAAACGCGUCCCGCCCCGCGGAGUUGCGCUGGAGAAGGUGAGGCCCUCGUUUAUCCUGCCCUUCGGCACCUGGUGCUUUGAGGACAGUGGCGGCCGUUGAACCAGGACGCGCCCUGGUGCCCGCGCAGCCUGAAGCGCAGUCACGGCACCGUGUGGACGCGCUGAGGCGAUGGACGCCGAGCCAGCCUGCCCCUCUGGCCGUCGGCUGAUGUCCUUCGCCCUGUGAGGACCUAUGGGUCCCCUGAGGUUUCCCUUCCUCCCCGGAGAGCCUUUUGGUUCCCGCGCCCCUGAAGAACAGGUCCCCGGCCUCUCCCAGGGGAGUCCUCAGGUCAGCACGUGGCCCUCGCCCGUGUCGUCGUGCCCCCCCACCCCCUGCCCCGCAUGCAGAGAAGCCUUUCAGCAGCUCUGACCCCCGACGACCCCGCGGCGCGGCGCGGCGCGGCGCGGUGCGGAACCCUGGGAAGGAUGCUCGCCGGCGCCGAAGCCCCCGCCCUGGCCGAGAGACCUCGCGCCCAUCGCAGCCCCUCUGAGUCCUCGCCUCUGGCAAGUGGCGGGGUCUCGGUUCUGAGGGUCCCUCACUCACUGCGGCAAGAGCCGGAGGGGCGGGAGGCGGGGCGUCGAGCCCCGCAGCCAGGGCGGACCGUCUGCACGUGUUAUCAGGGGCCAGCGCCCCGCAGGCCUGGGGGGUUGAAGCUGCUUCCCGAGAGGCUGCGUUGCCCUCGGUCUCCCCGCCAGUCCGGUUCCAGCUUCCAGACGGGCUCGCCCAGUAACUUCCCCGGCUAUGUCGUCAUAACCAGAGGGCCGUCUGCACCUUCCACGGGCCUGCUACUUUACAGGCCUCGUCUUAAGGCCUCACAACCACCCAGCGACAUGUGGGUUCUCGUUUUUACCAGGAGGACACAGAUUCACGGCGACUGGCAUUUGUUCAAGGCUCUACAACUAGAAAGAGGCAGAUCGGAUGUUCAGGCGAGGAAACCUGCCCAAGGUGUCAUAAUGCAAAGCAGCAGCGCGGCAGGAUUGGAAGCCAGCGGUGCCAGUGCCGUCUACUCCUCAGCAGAGCUCUUUGGCCCAGGCGUGGGCCAAGUGGCAUGAGAAGCAAAGGGCGACAGGCUUGAGGGGGGCAAGAAUGUGAAAGGGAUAAAGCGGAGAAGCCCAGGCAGCUGAAGAGGGAGAAGGGGCUGCGAGAGGCAGCUGGAGCAUCAUCGUCGUCGUCGUCGUCGUCGUCGUCACUGGCAGGCUGGAGGGUGAGGACCAGGAAGGGAGGGAGCGGGUCCGAGGAGAGGCAGGGUUGGCCAGCACAGAGCUGGCAGAGGCGGGGGCACGGCCAGUGUGUCAGGGUCUCUCCCUGGCCCCCCCCCUGCCCCUUCCCAGGCAGGUUCCCCUGAGCUCCACCCCUCGGGAAGCAGAGGGGUGCCGUCUCAACUCCCCACCCCGCUUCCUCGGGACCCCAGGAGAUGAGCGGACCGCACAGGCUCUUUGUUGUUUUAAGGGCUGUGACUGAUUCUUCUACGGAGACACGCAAGGGGCUGCUUCCCGCUCAUAGCAACGCUCAUGGUUUCUACAGACACCAAAGGGGUUCUGUCCUUUGGUAUCCCUGGGCACGCGGCUCCUCGAAGCUGAGACCCCCUCCUCCCGACUCCGCCUUUGCUUGAAGGGUCCUUUCACCAGGUGCCCCUUUGGCCUGGGGACCCGCCCCUCUGAUGAGCAUGUGGCAGACGUCUGUGUUCCUGGGCCUCGGGCGCCAUUCUAAAACGACCACGUGCUCCUCGGCGACCUGCACCUCUGACGCGUGGCCACCAUCUGGAAGCUUCCUCCACCUCCGCCCACACUGUCCCUGUGCCUGCCACCCCAGAGGGACACCAGCCCAAACGAGCAGCCUCCCAAAUAAGCGCCAUCCACGAGGCGAUCGGCCUUCUGGAGGCCUGACAGUGGCAGGAGCGAGCGGCAGCCACAGCGUGGGGCUCCGGAGGGCACAGGGAGAGGGCGGCCGACAAAAGAGGGACGUGAGGACUUCCCGAGGACACCCUUCAGCUGCGAUUCCCUGCCCCAGCCCCCUGGCCAAAGAACGUCGGUUUGCCCUUUUUAAGGGCUACGCACAUCUGGGAAAAGUUAUCUGAGGUCGGAGUGGGGUUUUUUGGUUGGUACUGCUCCUCACAGGAGCCAAGGCUGAUCUUGUUCAUAAUCCCUAGGUUCCAUGUAAUGGCACGGAGGGAAGGAGAAAGCUCAUUCCGGCCUCUGGACCAGCGGUAUCGCCUGAGAACAGGGCCACCCGGCAGAAUCAGGAGUCAUGAGGCAGGUUCUUUAGAUGCUGCUUUAUUUCCGUAAGGAUACACUGAAACGUUAGAUGAUCAAAGCUAAUGACAAAAUGUAGCAAUGAGGCAUCGGCUUCUCUAACCACUCCUACGAGAAUGUUAAUACGCGCUGUCAUUACGUGUGUACUCUUGAAGUCGUCUCGGGAUAUGCUAUGUAAUACAACAAUGUAGCUAGAAUACAGUAAGGAGGUGCUCCUGCGUCUCAGGUAAGCGCUACGUGGACAUCCGGUUCUGCCUGCCGGGACCGUGGCCUCCCCGCUCCCCCAGCGAUCCAGCUGUAAGCUCUUGAGGAACGGUCCUAAGACUCACAACAGCAGCCGCCGCCGCCGCUGACAACGGUUGGGGGGAAGCCCACUCUGCCGUGUCUGGAAACGGCAUGUCCGUGUCAGUGACAGUCCUGGCACCUGCUCACCUGCCCCUCUCAGGUUUUAUGGCUACUUCUGGAGGGUAAAUUGCAAAACCGCAGGAACGCCUGAGGGGGCGAAAACAUUCUCAUGCAAGUCUCCAAACCCAUAAACUAUGCUGCUAUUCAUUAAAGCAAAACAUUAUUCAUUAAAAAAAGAUAAAGGACA